CUCUAAUAUAAUACUUUAUCCUCAUAAAAAAUCCUCCUCUCUGCAAAACCUUUGCCUUAAACUUCUUAACCGAGAAAGAGAGAGAAGCCAUGGAAAGGCUUCUGUACUCUUCUUCUCCAAGCCUUUUGAAAAUUCAAUCAAAGCAUUCGUCUUUUCUUCCUCGUCUUGGACGAUGUGACUUACCAAGACUCAGUUUUUGCUCCCCAAACAGACCUGAGUGGCGGCGUGUCAACUCAAUUUCGUGCAAAAACGAAAACCCUUCUCUGCCCUCGUCUUCUCAACCGAGCCAAUUGAGUAAUCCGGCGUUUCUGCUGUCUCCCGGUGAUGACUCGCCGACUGGGUCAGCUCCGAAUUCCAAUAUUCUUAACCAGAUCGCCGAACGAGCUGUUAAUCAACGAAAGGCAUUAACUACAGGGACAUUCAUGCUUCUCUCUGCUGUCAUUGCAUUCUUAGUCCAACCAAUUUUUGCUCCAGCAGCCCAUGCAGCCUUCCAAACUGCUGUAAAUACUGGUGUUCCAGCAGCUGGGGGUAGACUGAUCCGUACAGAAUUACUAAGUAGUGCUUGGACCGGCUUCUUUGCAGGUUGCUUGCACACUCUAUCAGGACCAGAUCACCUUGCUGCUCUGGCUCCACUCUCAAUUGGACGCACUCGAAUGGAAAGUGCUGUAGUUGGUGCCCUCUGGGGUUGUGGCCAUGAUGCUGGUCAGGUCAUCUUUGGGUUAAUAUUUUUACUUCUAAAGGAUCGACUCCACAUUGAAAUAAUACGAACUUGGGGCACCAGAGUGGUGGGCUUAACCCUACUUGUUAUUGGUGCAAUGGGCAUUAGGGAAGCUCAAGAAGUUGCUGCUCCAUGUGUUGCUUUGGAAAAUGGUGAGUGCGAUGUUAGUGUCUAUGAGGCAAUCGAAAACCCAACAGUAGGCAAAAAGAAGAUUGGUUUUGCUACUUUCGCCACUGGGAUUGUCCACGGGUUACAACCAGAUGCAUUAAUGAUGGUAUUACCUGCACUUGCUCUGCCUUCUCGUUUAGCCGGUGCUGCAUUUCUAGUUAUGUUCUUACUUGGAACUGUGGUUGCAAUGGGAAGCUAUACAGUAUUUAUAGGAUCAUGCAGUCAGGCACUAAAGGACAGGGUUCCCAGAAUUACUGAGAAACUAACCUGGGCGUCUUCCCUUGUAGCAAUUGCUCUUGGUUUGGCCAUCAUUAUUAGCCAGUUUUUUGGAUAUAGCUUGUACUAGUCAUCUGACCUGCGUCAUCUCUGGAAGCUACAUUACUAGGGUUAGAAAAGGAUCUGAGAAAUGUUAUUUGAUUAUUUUAGCAAGUUAUGAUACCCGAAUCAUUGCCAUAAUUAAUCCUUCAUGAAGCGGGAUAUCCAUCCGGAACGGGCAAUCUUGUUUUAGUGAGAAUUAUUAUCUUUGUUUUUGUUUUUCAAAGAUGUAAGUUGAAUUUCAGGCAAACCAUUUAUGUGAGGUGUGUUCGUAAUUUUUCUAAAUGGUAGGCUUUCAGGUUUUAGUUA